GAGCGCAGGAAAGACUAGUUUAACGCAUCUCUGCCUUCCAGUUGCUAUUGGAUCUGUCAGGUGAGAAACGCGCUCACGAACCUGAGCAUCCGCGAGAUCAUCUUUAAAACCAUCAGCGCGCGUCAAGUGACCAAGCGUCGGUUACUUCGGGAAAUACAGAAGAACGCGGAACUUUAGCGCAGGUGGUCCACCUUUUAGAUUUACGUCUUUGAGAAGUCUGUUGUAUGAGAGAAAAGACAAAUGCCUUAAGUCUUAAACGACGUUGUUUUUCAAACUCGACGGACGUCGAGGUUAAAAUAAACUAACAAGACGGGAAGAUUUUACAAAGAAAGCGGAUCGCUCAGAGAUGCACUGAAAUCUUCCCAUGAAAAUGGGUUGAAGAAAAGAAAACGCCAAUAAAGAGAGGUGUAAGUAGGAUUUUUUUUAAACACAGGGAGCCAUAUAUGUACAUUUUAUUUUAAAAUACAUUGACACUAUAUUUGAAGAAGAAGAGGACCGCGCGCUCAGCGCGUGCAAGUGUUUCAUUGACUUUUAAUGUAUUGAUCGCAAAUUCCUCUUCUGCUGCUUUGUAUAAAAGCAGUUUACUGUCUUGAGAUGUUGGACUUCACAUUUAUGAUUAGUUAUAGAAUUUCACUUGUCUGUUAAUGAAGACUUUAUUUUUACAGUAUGUUUUCUAUCUCAAGCUGUACAGAUCUUAGUGGAUUUCAGGGAUUAAAUUUGUAUCUUUUUGCUGCUGUUCCCUAUUUUCCACCGUGCUACCUCAGCAUGUGGGAGUUGUGUGUAGCACAGCAAAUCUCAAGAUGACUGGAUUUUGUAAUGACUGGGUUUGUGGAAACAGUAGAAAUGAUCUACAGAUGUCAUUUCUUUUGACUGUAAUAUAGGCAUUUAUUUACAUCACUUAUGUAUCACAUGGACUCAAAUGGAUCUUUUUGUCUGGAAAAUCUAUAAGCCGAUGCUCAGAACUGUCCAUGCCAUACUUUUUCUUUAUACUUCAUCUUUGUUUACUAACUUGUUGAAGUACAAUCACAGCAGAGAGGAUGCAAAUUAUUGACCUUUGAACUAAUUUGCUGAGAGCUGCAGUUACAGCCCAUACUUUUUUACAAUUGAAGGAUUCAUGGAUGAGCAUUAAGACGCAGUCGAUGCAAAUAACAUUGGUGCUGCAAAUGUCCUUUACUGGUGUUUUUCGGUUGCUGAGACUCAAGUUGCAACUUAUAGGAUAAAAGACAGUUCUAUCAAGCUUCUACCUUCAGGCUCUUUUGUUUUAUCUCCCCCCCACUGAACUAAUCAGGUGGGGGGGGGAAAGGGGUAAGGCCCAAACUAUGGAGUCCAACCCAGACAGCCCAAGUCGGGCUGUGGAGUACCUUCUGGAACUCAAUAACAUCAUCGAGAACCAGGCCAAACUUCUAGAAACGCAACGUAAACGCAUCGAGGAGCUCGAAACACAGCUAGACCGGGUCAACCAGGAGAACCAGGACCUGCGGCAGGACCGGAACCCGGGAACCGAGAAUCUGUCGCAGAACCACAACUACAACCAGAGCUCUAAGCCCAGCCAGCCGUCAUCGCUACCAAACCACAAUGCCGGAGGUGUCAUUCAGAACAGCAGCAGUAAUAUACCCUCAUCCACGGUGCCUGGUCCAGCUCGACGGACCCACACGAGGCUGACCCGAGGCCUGUCAUGUGGGUCAGCCCCUGUUGAGAAAGGCCGACUGGAGCGCAAUGACAGCUCUGGGACCAACAACACCUCGACUCUACGAAAACAUGAGGAGGAAACCCAGAGUUCAGCUUCACGUCCCUUUUCAGACAGUUCCAGCAGUAAAUCUCCGUACACGUACAGCUCUGAUCGGUACAGGGACAACAGCUGCGGCCCCCCAGGCCCUCGGGUGCCUUUUGUGCCCCCUCCAAGCCCAGCCAGUCUUGCUUGGGCACAGCGUACACGCAACCAACCAGCUAGCCUGGCCCUACGUAAGCAAGAGGAAGAGGAAAACAAGAGGUGCAAAGCCCUAUCCGACAGUUAUGAACUCUCUACAGACCUACAAGACAAGAAGGUGGAGAUGCUGGAGAAGAAAUAUGGAGGCUACUUCGUGAGUAGACGAGCAGCACGUACCAUCCAGACAGCAUUCCGUCAAUAUCGUAUGAACAAGAACUUUGAGCGCCUUCGCAGCUCAGCUUCUGAGAGCCGCAUGACACGGCGUAUCAUCCUUUCCAACAUGCGACUGCAGUACUCGUUUGAUGACCGACAGCCUCAACCUCCCACCCCGACUCACUACAGUCACAGUCCAGGAAUGGGUCCUCCGCAUUCUCCAACCUGCACCACAGAGCCAAGCUCCCCAUCACGGCCGGAGUACACCCACCUAGAGGACUCCUUUUCUAAACAAGUGAAGUCCUUGGCCGACUCCAUUGAUGAUGCUCUAACAUGUCGGCCACGCCGAGAUGACUCCCAGGAAGGGAUAGGGGAUGGAAGUGGUGUUGUGGAUGACUUUGGCGAGUGCAUAUGGAGCAGCAACAGCCACGCAUCCUUACGGAGAGGCCUUGGAGACAGGGAUCGAGGAGGUACAGGGGGCUUGAGCAUGCACGAGGAUAGCACAGCCACCUCCUACAGCGAUGUCACACUAUACAUGGACGACGGACUACCUUCCUCGCCACUUUCUCUAGACCGGGCCCCUAGCAGCACAGAUACUGAGUUCUGGGGGGGUGUUGGAAGCGGGGUAGGUGGUAGGGAGGAUAGCCGUGACACAGAGGGGGGAGGAAGCAGCAAUAGUCGCCGAAGCACACCUUGCACAGAGUGCCGUGACUACCGUUUACGGGGAGGGCACUUACCUCUACUUACGAUUGAACCACCUAGCGACAGCUCCGUGGACAUGAGCGACCGCUCAGACCGAGGCUCCCUCAGCAGACAACUAGUGUACGAGCAGGACUCGGUGGGAGGGUCACCUCAAGGUACACUUAAACACAACCCUAAUGCUCGUUCAGCGUCCUCAACAGCUGCACAAGGUCAAACACGUCCAGCUAGCCGAUCGAUACCGUCGCAUAUCCCACACCACAUGGCUCACCAUCAUCACCAUCACCACCACCACCAUCACCAGUACCCCGACACUCCUUCGUCCUCCUCCUCUCCUCAACAGCCCCCAGCCACACCGCUCUCAUCCUCCUCUUCAGCACCCCUGCCACCUGGUGGCUUAGAGCAGCAGUGCUGCUCGGAUGGUGAUAAUGACUCAUUGAACUCCACCACAAACUCUAACGAGACCAUUAAUUGCAGCUCAGGCUCCUCAUCAAGGGACAGUCUGCGGGAGCCCCUGCCCCCAUUAGGAAAACAGACCUACCAGAGAGAAAGCCGGCACAGCUGGGACUCUCCUGCCUUUAACAACGAUGUGGUUCAGAGAAGACAAUAUCGCAUCGGACUCAACCUCUUCAACAAGAAGCCAGAAAAGGGUAUUCAGUACCUGAUUGAAAAGGGCUUUGUGUCAGACACACCAGUGGGCAUCGCUCGCUUCAUCCUGGAGAGAAAAGGCCUGAGUCGGCAGAUGAUUGGAGAGUUCCUUGGAAACAGACAGAAACAAUUCAACAAAGAUGUUUUGGAUUGUGUUGUCGAUGAAAUGGACUUUUCUGGAAUGGAUCUUGAUGACGCGUUGAGGAAAUUUCAAGCUCAGAUAAAAGUGCAAGGAGAAGCCCAAAAAGUGGAAAGGCUUAUUGAGGCUUUCAGUCAGAGGUACUGUGUUUGUAAUCCAGCGCUGGUAAGACAGUUCCAGAACCCAGACACCAUCUUCAUCCUAGCAUUUGCCAUCAUCCUCCUCAACACAGACAUGUACAGCCCCAAUAUCAAAGCAGAGAGGAAGAUGAAGCUGGACGAUUUCAUCAAAAACUUGCGAGGGGUGGAUAAUGGUCAGGACAUCCCACGUGACUUACUAGUUGGAAUCUACCAGCGCAUUCAGAAGUGGGAACUGAGGACCAAUGAUGACCAUGUUUCUCAGGUCCAGGCGGUGGAGAGAGUCAUUGUGGGCAAGAAACCUGUUCUGUCUCUGCCUCACCGCAGACUGGUGUGCUGCUGUCAGCUCUAUGAAGUCCCGGACACCAACCGCCCUCAAAGGUCUGGAGUCCACCAGAGAGAGGUCUUCCUGUUCAACGAUCUGCUUGUGGUUACAAAGAUCUUCCAGAAGAAGAAAACCUCCGUAACAUACAGUUUCAGACAGUCCUUCCCUCUGGUGGAGAUGCAGGUUCACAUGUUCCAGAACUCCUACUAUCCUCAUGGUGUCAAAUUAACAUCAGCUAUCCCGGGUGGUGAGCGUAAAGUUUUGAUUGUGUUCACGGCACCUAGUCAACAGGACCGCACACGGUUUGUCAGUGAUCUGAGGGAGAGCAUUGCUGAGGUGCAGGAAAUGGAGAAAUACAGAGUGGAGUCUGAAUUGGAGAAGCAGAAAGGAGUGAUGCGGCCCAGCCUGCUCACCAACAGCAUUAUGGCAGGUGGAGUUGGUGGGGUCAAGAAUGAAGUGGUGAAUGGCACUAUGGGAAGGCCUAGUCUGGAUGACAACUAUUCACCAGGAGAGGGCCUCAAACGUACUGCUCUCAGCUCCUCACUGAGGGACCUGUCUGAAUCAGGGUUCCAUCAUUAGCAGUCCGCGGCCUCACCAGCGUUACCCAGUAGCCACUGUGCUCCCGGGAUGCUAUGGAGCAGAAGAUUACCGGCCUCACCGCCCCAUCCUGAGCCCCGGAGUGGGGGUGGGGGGUGGGCCGGGGCAGCAACACACACCUGCAGUGACUGGCGCUGGGCCAGUCUCCAGCAGCACCGAGAGAGGAACGAGUGGAAUGGGGACUGGGAGCAACAG